AUGGGGAACGGCAAGGGGAAGGCCAAGGAGUUGUCGCCGCAGGAUGCCGUGCUGCUCAUCCAGAUGAACUACAGGGCGCACCUCACCCACCGCUCCCAGGUGCUCAGCUGCCUGCGCGAUCUCGCCGUCGCCAAGGCCAAGCUCAAGGAGCUCCGGUCCCUCUUCUACAACCUCUCCUACGGGCGCCGCCUCUCGCACGACCACGAGGAGCGCCAGAGGUUCUCCGAGAAGAUCAUUGUCCUGCUCCUCACUGUCGAUGCGCUCGAGUUCAAGUGGAAGUCCAAAUCAAUGGUGGGGAUCUUUUAUGAAGAAAACAAUACUUUUGUUGUAAGAUUUUGA